UAAACGCGUACGUGUUGGUAAUUUUUUAAAAAGGCUUCGUAGGAAUUUGUCAACAUUAAAAUAAUAAUUGAAAUUUAUUAAAAAGAAAUUCAAAAUUAUUUAAAAUAUUGAAUAUAUUGAAUAAUAAUUAAAAGAAAAUAAAAUUAUAGCCAUAUGAUUAAAGUAAAUUUCGGGUUGUGAAAAAUCAAUUGAAAAUAAUCGGAAAAGAAAAAUUUAUGUCAAACCUAUAAUUUCAUUUUUUUGUGUGAAGGAAAUAAUGAAAUUCGAAAAAUAAUUAUUAAAAAGCUAAAAGGAAUUGUAUAUAAAAAAUUUGUUUUGAAAACAGCAGAUGAUAAAAUAUUUUCAAUAAAAACCAACUUAAAAACAUGGAUACUUCAACAAAACAUGGAGUUUCUGCAAUCGUUGAAUAUGAUUAUAACGCCAAAGAACCAGACGAAAUUGAUUUAAUUAAAGGUGCCAUCAUACAUAACAUUAAAAAACAACCAGGUGGAUGGUGGUUAGGAACUUUAGCAUCAAAUGGUAAAACUGGAAUGUUUCCUGAUAAUUUUGUACGUGUUUUAGAUAAUAAUGAAGAAAAAAGUCCGGUAGUAUUAAGGCCAAAAUCUGAAAGUAUUCAUCGAAAAUGUAAAGUUGUUUAUAGUUAUACACAAAAUAAUGAAGAUGAACUAACAUUAGCUGUUGGAGAUAUAAUUGAUGUUUUAGGAGUGGUGGAAGAAGGAUGGUGGCGAGGUAAAUUAAAUGAUAAAAUUGGAGUUUUUCCAUCAAAUUUUGUAGUACCAGUUGAACCUUCACCGAUUUUAGCUAAUCGCAAAUCCAAUAAUUUAGCAACAGUACCAGCACCAGCAAUAACGACUACAACGAAUUCAAUUAAAACUGAAAAUCGUUCGAGUUUGCAUAGUUCCAAUGAAAAUUUAAUUAUAGGAAGUGGUAUUAGUGCGGGAAUUAACAGCAAAAUUAAUAAAUCAAUAAAAGAUAAAGAGAAAGAUGUACCAUUAUUACCACCUAAACCAAUGCGAGAGUUUUGUCGUGUUAUGUUUCCUUAUGAACCUCAAAACGAUGAUGAAUUAGAAUUACAAGUUGGUGAUAUUAUACAAAUUCAAUCAAAGGAAUUACCCGAUAAAGGAUGGUGGCGUGGUGAACUAAAAGGGAAAAUUGGAGUAUUUCCCGAUAAUUUUGUUACGUUAUUACCCCCCGAUGCAUAUCAAUAUUUUGGAAGAUAUUCCUUUCCUUGCACCGGUGAUUACAUGUCACAUUUAAUUGAUAGACUCUUUUCACCAAAUAAAGAUUCAAAUAAUUCAUCAUCACAUUCCGAUCGCCCGCCAAGUGGUACUGCAACAAAUUCAUCAAAAGUUUUUAUUAAAAAAUCUGGUAGUGGAUCAUCAACUCAAAGUUCGUCAAAUAGAAAAGACAGUUUUGGAUCAAGAGAUUCAUUGAAUGAUAUUUUGAGUGAAACAGGUCUUCAAACUGGAAAUGUUGCUGCUCAGAGAAAAUCAUUAGAAAGUAAAAAUUUAGAUUUAACUAAUAAUGCAGGAGCAAUUUCGAGCUCUAUUAGCAAUUCAGGAUCAAUAACAGAUGUUAAUAAUAUUACAUCUUCUACACCAGGUAUUCGUAAAACUCGCAACAGUAUGGAUUCAGCAAACAAGAAUUCGGAUUUGAGAAAAAGUUUAGAAAAUAUUGAUGAAAAGAAGACACCUCCACCGGUAUUAGGUAAAAAACCAAUUGUUCCAGUUAAAAAAUCAACAUCCGUUACAUCUGUUGCUGGCAACAUAAUAAGCGGAAUUAAACAUAAAGUUAAAAGUGUGGAACAAAAAUUAACUUCUCAUGAUACGGUGGAUGGUAUAACAGCAAGUAAAGCAACCCAACCUGGCAAUCAGUUAGCUGAUUAUAAUGAAAAAAAUAUUGCAACAGAACGGGUCAGUAUUAAUAAAGAUGGCAUUGGCGGAGUUGAGUUUGAUAAUGUAGAAAGAUCAUCAAUGUUGGGUGAUAUGCGAGCUUCGCGUGUCAAAGCACCAAAAAGAAGGCCGCCUUCAGCGGCCAUAAAUAUAAUUGGUGAAAGUAAUAAUAAUAAUAAUCCAGUGUACUUAAAUGGUAGUGGAAGCUAUAUAGAACAAUAUGAGGGUAAUAAAGGUGACUCCUCACCAACUUCUGGUAGCACAGAAGCGCUUGGAGAUAAUGAGGAACUGGUAAAACCCAAGCCUAGAGAAUGGGAAAAAAUGAAAGCGCCCUGGAUGGCUGAAUUAAAAGCAAGUCAAGAAAAAAAGAAAACCUCACCUAAUGUAGAGCCUCGACCAAUCGAUAGGGUUUCUAGGACGUCAGAAUCAGAAGUUAAAAUGGAGAAAAUGGAUAGCAUAUCAACAACCAAGGUUGUUAAUUCAAACACGCAUAGAAAAUCUUCAGAAGCUUCAUAUCAAACCAGUUCAAUUGACGGUAAAAGAGAAACAUCCAGUAAUAAUAUUGUCCCAAGUGUCAUAAAUACGAACAUGACAAAUUCUAAUAAUGAUAUGACGAAAUCAGUUUCAGCACUUAAAGCAUCGAUUAGUCAAGAUAUUGACGAUGUUAAAUUAAGACCAAAUAGUUUAUCAAUACGAAAUCGUAGCACAUCGCCAUCUGGUCGGACAUCACUUAAUAAAGCAACUAGUUUAGAUGUUCAAAAUGUAAGAGCCAGUUCAGCUUCAUCAUCUGCGUCGUCAUUAAUAGCACAUAAUAAUAAUAAUAAUAUUAAUCAUCAAUCCGGUUUGCCACCACAAUCAUCGACAAUAUCAUCAACGAAUUCAUCUGUUACUGCUUUAACUAAUCCUUCAUCAACUACCGCAACCACAACUACAGCCACUGCAACUGCAAUUCAUCAUAGUAAUAACAGUCUUCCAAUUAGUCAAGAUAAUGUUUCUUCCCGUGUUAUUGAUUUAGAACAAAGAUUAAAUAAAUUGGAAUCAAUUGUGCAUUCGCAAAGUAAAAUUAUUGAAAAUUUAGUUAGAUCACUGCGUGAGGAGACUGAUAAAGUGAAAGGAUUAAAAACAGAAUUGGAUAAAUACGCUCAGUGCGUAACACAAGUUUGAUUAUUAAUUUGAUAACAUAAACAUAAUUUUUUUCUUAAUAUUAUAUAAAUAUUUGUAUUUUGUGUGUUGAAAAUUGUAAUGCAAUAUUAUUACUAGUAUAUAUUAUUAUUAUUUGCAUAUAAUAUAACAUGAAACUAAAUCUAAUUUAUAAAUUCAUACAUACAUAUAUGUACAUACUUAUACAUACAUAUAUAUCAAUGUAUUUGUAAACUUUUUUUUCUUAUAAUUUGACAUUCGGACAAAAUUUUUUUUCAAAGAACGAAGAAGAAAUCUAAACAUUCCCUUUGGAAUAACAAUAUGAUAAGAAAGACCCAAUAAUUUUUAUAAAUAUUUGGCUUUUUUUUAAAUUUUUGUGAUCUUGUAAAAGAAAUGAUAACAUUUAAAAAGAUUACUUGACUUUAAAUAUUUACAAAUACUUGAGUUCAAAUAUUUUGAAUUACUUGAGUUUAAUUAUUUUAAGAGAAUUCAUGAUGGAAUUUUUCUUAAAGGUUACAAUUAAUUGUAUAUUGAAUAUAAACUUAAUAUUGUAAGUCAAAAAAUUGUUUUCUUAAUCUAAAUAAUGGUUGUUUUAGUAAUAAAGUAAAUUUAGAUAUUUUUGCUCUUUGUCCGAAUAAAUUUUUAUUCGUUUUAUUUUUAUUUCAACUUGAACAACGAAUUAUUCAAACGAAUUUUUUAUUUAUACAUCUAUUAUUUAUAAAUGAAUACUACCAAUUUUUCAUUUGUGUAAUAUUAUAUUUCCCAAUUUUGAAAAUCGCGUCCGCUCUUGUUACUUAUUUGUUAAGUUACCUUUUUGGUAAUUGAACUAUAAAGUGUAGUACCCAUACGAUAAUUAAAGUAUAAAUUGUAGAUAAUGUAAUAAGACUUCAGAGAGAAGAACUUUAUUAUAUUUAAUUAAAAUAUUCAAGUUCAACAAAUUUAUUUAGUAAAAUAAAUGUAAAAAUUUGUAACUUAUUUUUUUGAGUAGAGAAUCGAAUAUUUAUUUAAAUCUAUAUGUGAAAAAAGUGUUUCUUGUUCAAACUCAAUAGAUUGUCACUUCUUCAUGAGCUGUAUUAACAGAUUGCUUAAAAUUUCAAAAAAUUAAUUGGUGCAAUGAAUUAAUAUUGCAAAAUAUUUUUAUUUCUUUUUGAAAAUUUAUUAAAUAAAAAACUGUUUUAACAUUGCUUUUUCAAAAUUUUAUAGAUUUGUUACACAUGAAAUGUAAAUAUACAUAAAUAUAAAAUAAAUGUUAAAUAAAAAUUAUAUUUAGACGAUAAUUUUAUAAUGUCAAAACAAUAAACUUAAUAUUAGUGGCAAUCUGUUAAUGUAAUGUACAUACCACAUGCCUUUUUUUAAUUUAUUCUAAAAGGCAAAUACCAAUUUUUUUUUUCUCUCAUUCAAUUUAAUUGAUUAAAUCUUUGUCCUAAUUUAAAUUGAAGUAAAGUAUUUGAGAGAAAAAAAAUCAAUGUGAAACGAAGAAAGGAAUAUUUUAGAAUUAAAAAGAAUUAAUAAAAUCAUUACAAUUUAUACUUUAAAUAUCAUAUAUGAAAUUAUGCUAUGAAAAAUAAUCUUAAACAGCAAUAAUAAAAAAUUUAUUUUGCGUCCAUCUUACAACUUGAUGUAUUUUUGUAUUAAUUAUUUUGCUAAAGAAAUUGUUUUAGAAAUUUUGUAUUUAUAAUUCCGAAAAUUAUGUGACUUCAAAAAAGAAAUAAUUCAUGCAUUCCAUUUAAUAAAAGAAAAUAUCAAAAAUGAAUCAAUACGAUUGUGAGGCAAGAUUCGGAUUAAUAUUGUAGAGUAGCUGAAUCUUAUAUAACGUUUUGAUGCAGUUUUGAUUUUUCCAAACAUUUAUAAUUUAAUUUAGAACAUAAUUUUUUUUUUAUUUUAAAUAAAUCAUUAUUAACAAGGAAACCUAUUAUUUUAAUUGUUUUUUUUUAUUAUAUAGCUAUUUAAAAAGUUCUAAAAAAAACGCCUGUAGUUAUAAAAUUUAUAUUGUAUUUUUGUAUAUACAUUUACAUAUAUACAUAGAUUAUUUUAUAAAGAAAUAAAAGAAAAUCCAAUUGAA